AUGGCUACUCUAAUUGGUGCAAACGAUUCUUCUCCCAUUGAAGACGUUCAAAAUAUCAAGAAUGCAUGCAAAGGAUUGGGGACAGAUGAGGCAACCCUUAUAUCCAUAUUGGCACACAGAAAUGUUAGUGAAAGGAAACUUGUGAGGGAGGCUUAUGAAGAAAUUUAUCAUGAAGAUCUUAUCCAACAACUCAAAUCUGAACUUUCAGGAAGUUUUCAGAGAGGUAUUUGCAAUUGGACUCUGGAUCCAGCUGAAAGAGAUGCUGCAUUCAUUAAGGAAACAUUAGAGAAGGAGUAUGUGGAUUACAAAGUAAUUAUUGAGAUUGCUUGCACAAGAACUUCAGAAGAGUUUUUGGCAGUGAAACGUUCAUACCAACUCCUGUACAAGCAUUGCCUUGAAGAAGAUGUGGCCUCCAAAACCAUUGGUGAUAUACGCAGAUUGUUGGUUGCAGUUGUAAGCACUUAUAGGUACGAGGGAGAGGAGUUUGAUGAGAGUCUGGCCCAUUUAGAAUCAAACAUUCUCCAUGAGGCAAUUGAGAAGAAGGCUUUCAGUGACGAUGAAAUCAUAAGAAUUUUAUGCACAAGAAGCAAGAAGCAGCUAUUUGCAACUUUUAGUACCUUCAGAAACACCUAUGGCACCACAAUCACCAAGGGAUUAUCAUCUGAUGCAAGUGAUGAAUACAUGGUAACACUGCGUACUACCAUUCGUUGCAUCAAGAACCCUCGAAGAUACUUGGCCAAGGUGUUAGGGUAUGCCUUGAGUGAUUUGGUAGCUGAAGAGCAUGCAUUGAGCCGUGUUAUCAUCACUCGAGCAGAGAAGGAUUUAAAUGAAAUCAGUGACAUUUACUUCAAGAGAAAUGGUGUCACACUUCAUAAUUCUGUGGCCAAGAAGACAUCAGGAAAUUACAAGACUUUUCUUCUUGCUUUGUUAGGGAAAAAUUCAGUUUAA